ACUGGAGCAAUACUCUUUGAGUCAUGAUUACAUACGUCGGCGUCUUUAGUUGUUUGAUUACAUUUCUACCAUUCGUUCAUAUGGUUACUCUUGAACAAGCUAUGUCAGAUCCUGCUAAAUAUAUAAGAUAUGAUACAGGUGAUUUUAAUAUUGGAAUGCAUGUUGGACUUUCAUUAUUAAUAAACUAUGGAAUCCUAUCAACUGCAGUUUUAUUCAUAGUUAUAGUAUCCAAAGCUCUUGGAUAUAAAAGGAAACGACAUGGUUAAAACAAUAAAAGGUAUUUUCAUCUACGUGUUUGGAUAUUAUUUUUUUUCUUCUGUUCAAUGUUAUUUCUUUUUCCUUCUAUAACAUUAGUUUUAUUAUACAUAUUGAUUAGUAAUUGAAGUAUUGAUUAAUCGAAUAAACAGAAAUCAAUGAUUUCACGUUCUCUUUAUUUUUACCCAAAUUUUCGUGAUUAUAUAAUGAGUUCAUAUGUUAUGUCUAGUUUGUAUUCCACUUGAUGUAACUUACUUUGGAAUACCAUAUAUAAUUGGACGUCUGUACACAUGCACACACACACACACAUAUACAUACAUACAUACAUAAGUACCCACUCAUGCGCACACACACACUCACGCCCACAACUACAUAUACUCAGAAAUGAAAAGAACUUUGUCAACAUUGUUUUUUCUUGUGACCAAUUAUCAUUAUUAUUGAAUAAACAUUAAAAUUUGUAAUCAUAUUUUGUUUUUGUGAUGUUGAAUUUUCAGAUUGACUUGUUGUUGUUGUGGUGGUGGUGGUGAUGGUCGUAAUGAUGAUACCUUCUGCUUCAUGAUAAGGUUAUGAGAAUUGUAUUCAAUGUUGAUUUUACAUCCAUAUUGUGAUUGUAGUCGGUAUAUACUUACUUAUUUAAACUUGUUACCCCUUGUAGAGUGUAGGUCGCUCAAUUCUCCUACUUUAUCCGGGCUUGAGACUGGGAGUAAUACUAAAAGGGCUCCAGGUGGGAUUUAGUCAAUAUUUCGACACUGCACACGAGAGAACGCUUAACAUCUAAACUGUGGAUUGAUUAAAUACUAAACGGUAACAUUGAUGAAUCCUAAAUCAGUGGUUCAUAUCCAUAUUAUAACCGUAGUCAAUAUUCAGUUCAUUGGAAUAGCCACACAAUACAUCAUAUUCUAUGUAGGGUUAAUUUCAUAACAAAUCCAUAAAAUUAUUAGUAUUGAGUAUCAAACUACAGCCAAUACUAGUAUCAUUCUCAUAACCAUAUUUUGGUUUGAAUUAUAGGAAGAUAUAUCGUGGACUAUUCUAUGCGUUUCUUAAGAAGAGAUUAUCAGUCAAUUAUUAUUGAGUUCCAAGUAAUGAAGUGGUGGAUAUGCAAUAACACACAGAAGUAGGGUACUGGACGAAACAAUGAACAAUAAAAGAAUAAUACAAGGAUAAGCCAAUUAAGAACCAACAAUAAGACUUAUACUUUUGCACGUAAUUCAAAUAUCAUAUUGUUGCAUACUACUUAAAACGUGUAAAAUAGUAGCGAGGAAUUAUUCUUUUCCACCACAGAGUAAAGGCGAUGGUAUUGAAUAUACUAAAUGCUUAAUUCUCUCACUUUAGACUUCAUAUAACAGGCAAAUUGACAGUAUCCUCAAAUCUUAACCCUAAACACUUUAUUCUGAAAUAAAUCUCAAGCUGAUGACAUAAUAUUUUAUGGAUAAACUAAUCAGACAGCAACUAGUGGAUAUUUGAAUGUAAUUCGUUCAUCCAUAUGUUUAUGAAGCAUUCUCUAUAUUAUAUGUGAUACCAGUUUGUGAGGAAAACCCUGACCAUUAACCUUUAAACCUAACCCUAAAUACCUAAUUCUAACAAAAAACGAUGUGGGAACUCUUGAAAAGAUGUUUGAAUCAUUUUAAGAGUUCGAGAAUAUGGAUAGUCUGUAUCCACUAUGACGAGUUUUUUUGUUAUUGUUUUUCAGUUUGUAGGUAGAUGAACCUGUCGAAGACAUUAACCUAUCUAUUAGUUGUAUAAAAUCUGCUUACUUUUGAAGCAUCAUUGUCUUCUUUCCUAAAAACUAUCCAUUUAUAAAAUGUGUUUUCUGAUUGGUUAAUGAUUAGUCAAAAACUUGUCAUGGUCGUUCCAAACUCAUCCCUAUACUAUAUUCUUACUCAAAUGUCCAAUGCUUCGUGGUUUUCUUUGGUUGUUUAUGAUGAAAACUACAAAAUUGAACAAUCUCUUCAAACAAUGUAAGCUGAAAACCCUUCUAUUCUCAUUAGUGACUAGUUUCGAGAGCCAACUCCUAUUGUUCUAGUGAAAAACCAUGACUAGCAGUGUUCAUUCAUAUCUGAUGUAAGAUAUUUAUCCACCAAUGACACUACAUAUUAGUUACGUAGUAUUGUAGACUAAUUUAAGUUAAACAUCCGAGAUCAUUAGGUCCCAACUCAAUAGUCUAUAGGAUGCGUAUUGCUACUGAAGAGUCUGACGUUAUUAUGGAACAGCUUCCUAAUCCUUCCUAGUUUUCAACGAUUAUCUCAAUAGGGUCAGUUUGUAAUGUGAACCAUAAAAUCAUCAUUUCGCUUUAUAAGUUUAAAUUAUAAGAGUGAACAUUAUACAUUAUGUAUAUUUCAAAGAACUAUCAAGUGAC